AUUAAUGCCUACUACUUCAUGAACAUAGGGAUCAUCGUCGAGAAGAGCUACGGGAAGGCACAAUACAUGGCGAUAAUGCUUCUAAGUGCUCUAUGUGGGAACUUCCUCCUCUGUGCUACUUCCAAUUGCGGAGAGAUCCACAUGGGAAUCAGCACCAUUCUGUCCGGAUUCAUGGGCCUCUUUCUGCAGGAAAUUGUUGAGCGGUACAAAAAUCUGAAGGACAGAUGGAGCGUUAUUGGGAACUACGUAUUUUCAGUGCUGUCCCUUUAUCUGACCAUAUCGAUGUUUCCCUUUAAUGGAAACAUCGUGGGAAACCUGGGGGGAAUUUUCGGUGGCUUCUGCUAUCCGUACCUCACUAAAAAGGACACCUUCCACGGGCAGGAGAAGAAAGUGAAACUUACCCUCGUCGUUUUGAUGAUUCUACUCCUGAGUUCAACUCUGAUCAGUUUGAUCGUGGCCAAGUGUUAG